AGAGGAAGUGGUGACGAUCAGGGCUGAAGUCAGAUCUCUGUCACAUUCCGCACCGGCUGCUCGGCUUGUCCUUUUGUCCCAGAAGAGAACCUGUUCAGAUUUACUUAAGUGAUCACGUUCUGCGAGAUGAUAGAUUCUCUACCAUGUCACGUGCUCAGUUCAAGACGCUGUGGUAUAUUGCCGUUUAGCAGAAACCUGUUCAUUAUUGUCCUGAUUAGCAUGGCUGUUUGCAUACAAGCGAACGCUGAGACGUUGCCAGAGACAAAUGAACUUGUGGACGAGGAACUUGGAGAAGUAAUUGCUGCUCCCACAGAUGAUUCCCUGGAUCGACUAAAGAGAAUCGGUCAAGAUGACGGUGAAGACUCGGAUCCAGACUGUAGAAAUAGAAACGCAGUUACACCUGGACUAAAGGGAGAAAAAGGAGACAGAGGUCCAGUUGGACCAAUUGGCCAGAAAGGACAAAGAGGCCCAGUAGGCCCCAGUGGUGAGAAAGGAUUCAUGGGGCCGUGGGGACUAGAUGGUGACAAGGGAGACGUUGGACCCGCGGGCCCACGUGGACAUAAAGGAGACAGGGGCUCUAUCGGCCCAAAGGGUCAGAAAGGUGAAAUUGGCCCAGCUGGACCUAUUGGCCCGAAAGGAGACAUCGGCCGGGCAGGACCACAUGGCCAGAAAGGCGAUAAAGGCUCAACUGGACCAGUCGGCCAUAAAGGAGACCUAGGUCCCGUUGGGCCAGUUGGUCCAGUUGGAAAACCUGGUCCAGUCGGACAAAAUGGCAGGAGAGGAGAUAUUGGUCCGUGCGGUCCAAAGGGAGAUAAGGGAGAUAAGGGCCCUAUGGGACCAUACGGCCAAAAGGGAGACAAGGGUCAAACGGGACUAAUCGGUCCAAAAGGGGCAUCGGGACUGAAAGGACAGAAAGGAGACGUGGGCCCAUGUGGUCCAGCAGGUGAGAAAGGAGAGACUGGUUCAACCGGACCGAUUGGUCUCACCGGUAGUUUGGGUCCAGUGGGACCUCAAGGCCGAAAAGGAGACAUGGGUCCAGUAGGACCAACAGGACAGAAAGGGGAUGUUGGGCCAGCUGGACUAAAUGGCAAGACAGGGGCCACUGGCCCUAUUGGAGCAGCCGGUGAUAAAGGAGAUAUGGGUUCAACCGGACCACGUGGCCAGAAAGGGGAUUUGGGACCAGUUGGACCAGUUGGCCAGAAAGGAGACAUGGGACCUGCUGGACCACAUGGCCAAAGAGGGGAUAAAGGACCUCCUGGUUUUGAUGGCCAGAAAGGAGAUGUUGGUCCAUCGGGUCCUACUGGACAGAAAGGCGAAAAAGGCCCUACGGGUGCAGAUGGUGAGAAAGGUGAUAUUGGUCCAGUUGGGCCUAUAGGCCAGAAAGGAGAUCUCGGUCCAGUAGGACCACAAGGUUUGAAAGGAGAUACGGGUCCAGCAGGUCAACACGGCGAGAAAGGAGAGCAAGGCCCAAAGGGACCGGGCGGUCAAAAAGGAGACAUUGGUCCUUGCGGACCAGUUGGGGAUAAAGGAAAUAUGGGUUUAACGGGACAAAAAGGACAGAAAGGAGAAAUUGGUCCAGCUGGUCAAAAUGGCCAGAAAGGAGAUAUGGGAUUAAAAGGUCCCUCUGGUCAAAAGGGGGACGCGGGUCCAGAUGGAGAGAAAGGACAAAAAGGGGAAGAUGGCCCGGUUGGACCUAGAGGCCCAGAAGGACCAAUGGGUCCGGCUGGAGCAAAUGGAAAUAGAGGAGACAAGGGUCCAGUAGGAUUGACCGGUCGCAAGGGAGACAUUGGUCCAAUGGGACCAACUGGUCAGAAAGGGAGACAUGGCCCAAUGGGACCAACAGGACGGACAGGGAACACCGGCUCAGCGGGGAAAAAUGGCCAAAAGGGAGAUACAGGUCAACCAGGAUUACAAGGUCAGAAAGGAGAUGUUGGCCCAGCUGGACCCAGGGGCGAGAAAGGCGACCGAGGUCCAAGUGGAAUAAACGGGGAGAAAGGAGAUAUCGGUUCACCUGGACAGAAAGGAUCAAAGGGAGAAUUGGGCCCAGUUGGUCCGCAGGGUCCGACGGGGAACCCCGGCCCAAGUGGCCAAAACGGUCUGAAGGGAGAUACUGGGCCACAGGGUCCAACUGGCGCCCAAGGAUACAGUGGUCAGAUUGGGCAAUUGACCAAAAGGUGA